UGCGUGGGAGUUCCCUACCACAGAGCCAUGGGUGAAUCUUUCUCUCUCUCUCUCUCUCUCUCUCUCUCUCCCUCUCUCUCUCUCUCUGCGCAUCCUCCCCCACAUUAACAGCUUAGCACAGCAGAAGCAGCUCCUACAGCAUCCAGCAGCCAGCAUCCAUCCCUGCGUAGGGAGCAGCAGUCCUACCCGGCGCAGCACCGACGCACGGAGGGGACGCAUCGUCUAAGUGAUGCCACAGCAUCAGUCGCAUUUCGACAGCAAGCAUUGAGAGCACAUCCUAAAGAGCUAGAGCAAGGGCAGAGAAAACGCUUCAGCCUCGGAGACAGCGCCUGUCCAUGAAGAUGUCUAACGCUGACAUCGUCUUAAACCCCACCGACCGUGUGGUGAAAUCUGUCCCCUUCCCUUUGAGCCACCGCCUUACAAUGAAGGAAGUGUUUGAUUGCGAAGGGAAACCUCGAGUGGACCUCCUGAAGGCCCACCUCACCAAGGAGGGCCGUGUAGAGGAAGCCGUUGCACUUCGAAUCAUCAAUGAAGGUGCUGCUAUCCUGCGUCAGGAGAAAACUAUACUAGACAUCGAGGCGCCAGUCACAGUCUGUGGGGACAUCCAUGGGCAAUUCUUUGAUCUUAUGAAGCUGUUUGAAGUGGGAGGAUCACCAGCCACAACACGGUACUUAUUCCUUGGGGACUACGUUGACCGUGGCUACUUCAGUAUCGAGUGUGUUUUAUACCUUUGGUCGCUGAAAAUCCUCUAUCCAAAGACUCUAUUUUUACUUCGUGGAAAUCAUGAAUGUAGACAUUUGACAGAAUAUUUCACCUUCAAACAAGAAUGUAAAAUCAAGUACUCAGAGCAGGUCUAUGACUCAUGUAUGGAUGCAUUUGACUGCCUUCCACUGGCUGCACUCAUGAACCAACAGUUUCUGUGUGUCCAUGGUGGACUGUCACCUGAAAUACACACCUUAGAUGACAUCAAAAAGUUGGAUCGAUUCAAGGAGCCACCAGCGUUUGGGCCCAUGUGUGACCUGCUCUGGUCUGAUCCUCUGGAAGACUUUGGCAAUGAAAAAACCCAGGAAUAUUUCAGCCACAACACAGUGCGAGGUUGCUCCUACUUCUACAGUUAUCCAGCUGUAUGCGAGUUCCUACAGAGCAAUAACCUAUUAUCAAUCAUUCGAGCGCAUGAAGCACAAGAUGCCGGCUACCGGAUGUACCGUAAAAGUCAGACCACUGGAUUCCCAUCCCUCAUUACCAUCUUCUCAGCACCAAACUACUUGGAUGUUUACAACAACAAAGCUGCUGUACUGAAAUAUGAAAAUAACGUCAUGAACAUCCGACAGUUCAACUGCUCACCCCAUCCCUACUGGCUCCCCAACUUCAUGGAUGUUUUCACCUGGUCUCUGCCAUUUGUUGGAGAGAAGGUCACAGAAAUGCUGGUGAAUGUGCUGAGCAUCUGCUCUGAUGACGAACUCAUGAAUGAUGAAGAUGAGAUUUUUGAUGCCAACGCAGCGGCGCAACGCAAGGAGGUGAUCAAAAACAAGAUCCGUGCUAUCGGGAAAAUGGCCAAAAUGUUCUCAGUUCUCAGAGAGGAGAGUGAAAAUGUGUUGACGCUUAAGGGCUUGACGCCCACUGGCAUGCUGCCAAGUGGUGUUCUUUCUGGAGGCAGACAGACACUGCAGAGUGCCACCAUUGAAGCCAUUGAAGCCAUCGAGACGCAUGAUGAGGACGGAGAAGCUAUCCGUGGGUUCUCACCCCAACACAAGAUCACCAGUUUUGAGGAAGCUAAAGGCCUGGACCGCAUCAACGAGCGCAUGCCACCACGCAAGGAUGUGGUGAACCACGUGGGUCACUCCAUGGGAAAGAUGAAUAUGUCAGAGGCAAACGGCACAGAAGACAACAGCAACAUCCAGUGAUGAUGCUGUCUGAGCCUCAGAACCGUGUCGCUGUUGAGCUACACAGCAAGACUUUGCUAAAUGGGAAAUUCAGGCCUCAGAACAUAGAAAUAAAAAAGGCCCACAGAAAGAACAUGAAAUCUGCAGCUAAUCCAUAGUGGGCAAAAUGAUCAUUUAUUUAAUGACAGUAUGUCACUGCACAGUCACGGGAAGGGGGGAGCUAGGCUUUAUAGGAAAAGGCAGGGAUGAGGAGAGGCCUCAGCUUGACUGAAAAGAAAUGCAGUUGAAAGAUGUAUCUGUCUGUUGUUCCCUUUUCUCAAUUCAAUUACAGACUGAAUUGCUGGAGGUUGUGUUGUUGUGAGUGCUGACACAUGUCUGCUCCUUCAUUACAGGGCCUGACAGAAGACAUAAUUGCAGUAUUCAUGCCACCCAAAUCAUUUUACUGUUUUAUAAAGUGUUUAUUAUGACUCACUCACAAAUUCACUUCAUGAGGAAAAUACUGUUGUUUACAUGUUUUGCUAGUAUUAAAUCACACAAAUUUGUAAGGAAGAAAGCAAAAAAGUAAGGAAGUAAAGUGUGUACCACUCACAACUUACAGCGCUAUCUUACCGGUGGACUUAAAUUUAUUGAUUUACCUUGUUGUAAGAUGCUGUCAUCCUGAAAGAGUAGGGGGGAUGGGUGUCCACAUGUGCUCAUAUCACUGGCCUGAACGCCGAAUCCUCUUCUGUCUGAGAUCAAACUCUACCUUGGAUAUGCCUCAGUAAUCUCCAGUCCUGAUCCUUUUCCCAUCUUCUUCAUCUCCCACUAACUUGUUGGGUUCAGAGAAGAAAGAGAGGAGAUGAAAAGAGCAUCUUGACAUUUGGGUCCACUGCUUACCGUAGAUACAUCAGCAUCACCAAGAUAUCUAAAAAUGUCACACCAGCCCAUAUGAAGAUGGAAGCUCGUCAACGUUUGCAGAUGAAUGUCAAAGGACUGUACUUAUCCCCAGAUCAUACUCAAGUUAUUUAUUCCCUCUUCACUGGCAUUUUAAGCAUUUCACAUGAGAAAAGCAUGGCAUUUGACCAAGCUUUACCUUGUGACUAUAUGGUUCAAUACUUGAAUCUGUUUAUCUUUUGCACUUCUGGGCUGGUGACAAACUGGCAUUAACAUCAGUUUCUGAGAAGUGGACAAGAAGUAAUUUAGAAUUUUUGGACAUGCCCAGCUAUUAUUUCCAAUGUGCUUGUUACUUAAGAGAAAGCAAAAGAAUUCUUGCAGCCACUCAACGGUACAUCAGCGCUCUUGAGUCUUUCAGUUUGUGCCAUGCUGCAAAUUCAUUGAGGAUUCAAAAGCUACGAAAACUACGAUAUCUGACUGACAAUGAAAUUCUACAAAUUUGUGAAUUUCUUAAAAUUCUUGUUUACAGAAUGCUGAAACAUUCUUUGUUUUUCACUAAAAAUGUACACCUUUAAAACACCAUCAAUAUUGUUUAUGAAUGCAUUAAUCUAUUAAUCUCGUUUUUGAAAUGAUUUCUUUUGAUCCGAUUGAAUUUUACUGUGGUCAGUGGAGAAACCAACUAGGACAAUCUUCACUGACAAACGCACCCACACUGUGAUUCAAAUAAAAUCAAUUCCCUUGUCCAAAUACAGUGUCAAAAUAAUAACUACUGCAUAGAGCUUAACAGUAUAACAUAGUGGAAAGUUGCAUUGAUGGAGACUUUCUGAUGAAGAGAAAAUAAAUACAAACUGAACAGGAAACUUCUUGGGCCUUUCAAAAUAAAUAAUUUCGUAUGGUAGAUGUCUACUGCGCCCCAUUCACAAGUGACACAUACUUUAAAAUUCUAGAAUUUCCUUUCAUACAUUAAUAUUUUUUCUACAAUAUAUUCCAUCUUUCUAUUUAAUGACAAAGCUAUGUGAAUUAAGGAUGGACAAAAAGUGAUUUUUAACACAGCAUCUAUGGUAUGGAACGCAUCAAUGCAUGCAAUUAAGUUCCUAAUUGUUAUGUGAGAAUAUAAUUGUGAUAGUUGUGUUUCAAAUAGUAAACUUGAAUUAUUUUAUUUUUAAUAUAUUUGUAGUUUUAUUUGUCUUGUUUUAUAAAUUUUAUAAAUAGGCUUCCUUUAAUUGUUUUGAUCCACAUUUUUCAUCCUGUUAUUUAUCACUGCUUAUAAUUUUAUAUUUAUUUAUUGUAUGCAGAGAUGCUCUUCUAAGGUGUUUUAUUUAUUUACUUUUUUUUUCUUCCGUUGUACUGAUGUACAGAAAAUGUUCUAUAGUGUGAAUGAAUAUAAUCUCAGUGAAAAGCAACUUUCAGGCUGCCAAAGCAUGAUAGCAUGGUUUUCAGAUGUAAAUGAACUGGACACAGUAAAAAUCAUGUGUCACACUUACAUUUAACGGGAAACAUUGUACUCUGGUUAUAUUUAAUGCUGAUAUUAUUAUUGUUAAAAUUUAGCUUAUGGUUAUUUUCCUUCCUCUGUUUCUGGUUCUUGUAUGGUCGACAUGCACAUUUCAAACAAACCGAUAUUAUAACGGAUUUUAUCUCGCAACCUUUUUUUAAUGAUCUAUGGAAAUAUGUUUUGGCAUUUGACUUCCUAAAUAACACACAUUGUAAGCAUGCCCUAUGGGACAAAUCACAAUUUUUUACUCUUGAAUAAAAUAUGCAUGAACAAAA